AUGAGAUUCCAAUACACCAACAGCACCUCCCCACCCCCCUCCACCCCCACCUCAAACUUCACAAUCACCGCCCCCCCUCCACAGACAUCUGGCGCGAGCCCCCCACCCACAACGCCUUCCCCCCCCCCCCCCAUCCUCCACCGCACCCUCACUCUCACCCACUUCCACCGCAUCCGCGUCACCGUCUCCGCCCCCUGGAAGACCCUCUACGACCAAGGCGGCCUCCUCUUCGCGCGCCCGCGCGCCGACGGCGAAAAGAAGUGGGUCAAGGCCGGCAUCGAAUUCUUCGACGGCCGGGCCUGCGCGACCGUGGUCGCGAAGGAUAACUGGGCGGACUGGAGCUCGGUGGAGGUUGGGUCUGAUACCGUCACUGUGGAGUUCGCACGGGAAGCGAUCCCGGAGACGGAUCAGCCGAGCUUGUGGGUUUAUCUCGUUGAGGAUGGCGGGAGGAGGAGGCCGAUAAGGGAGAUUACCUGGGCUUUUGAGGGGGGGCCGGGUUGGUGUUUAUGCUGCGAAGCCGACGCCUACGCAGGCGGAUCCGAGUGA